AUGGAUGAAGAUGAAAUUGUUAUCAUAGAAGAUUCCACCAUUAUUCAAACUAAUACCGAAGAAAAUAAGAGCUUAAAUUCGAGUUUUUCAUUUACCGCAUUGGUUUCCACAUCAACUCACCAGGAAAAAUAUUUAGAACGAGGUCGUAGUCCUGCAAUUGUUUUAGAUGAUAAUGAUGAGGAUGAUGAUAAAUCUCUUGAUUCUCAAAUCAGGGAGCUAGACAAGCUCAUAAGCUUAAAACGAGGAAGUCGUAUUGAAGACACCAUAAUCGAAAAAGAAAUCUCUGAAGUUGUUCCCAAAAAGCGAAAAACUGAAAAUGUGGAGAUGAAAAGGGCGAAGGAAGAUGAAAAAGAGCGGAAAAGAAUGGAGGCUAAAAGAAAAAAAGAGGAAAAAGAGAAUGAAAAAGAAAUUCGAAAAAUUGAGCGGGAAAUUUCGGCGGCGACAAAUAGCAAAUGUGAGCUUUAUACAUUUUGCCACAUCGGAAAAUCCAUACUAGACGACAUCAGCGGACUAGAAGCCGAGCUUCGAAUGCUGUUUUCGGAGCGAAAAAUCGAAAAUCAAUUGAUUUUUGAAAAUAAUCUGGGCACAAGAAUUGAAUGGAGGCGAAAAUGCAUCGAACUCAAAGAAGAUGAUAACGGCAGAAAAGAGCGAUUCGAAUAUUCAUCGACUCAAGAUUUAUUCGCCAUUGUAAUUCCUGCCGACACGUUGAAGCAAGUCAUCGAUUCUGAAUCGCUGUACGAUUUUGUUGUACAGCAACGCUCACAAUUUCAAAUUGGCCGUUCAACUAUGAUCAUAAUCUCAUUUGGUAAGCUAGACGUUCCGAAAAAGAAGAUUCAUCAACUAACUAUCGAUAUUUAUGAGCGAGAACGCGCUCAAAUUACUCAGAUUAGCUCACCAUUCCAAUUAGCAUUGUUCUGUGCGCAAUACCUUCGAAGUAUUGCGAGACGUGAAAAAAAGCGAAAUGAAACAAAAAGUGGAGAAGAUGGAAGAAAAGUCCAGUAUUUGGGUCAAAAAGGUAUUACUACUGGUAGUCGAGACGAAAUCAUUAGAGACUGGUGGAGUAAAAUGCUAGAUACUGUAGAACGAUUGUCGGAUGCACAACGAAGAGCAAUACUUCAAUUAAUCCCAGAUCCAAUUAAAGCUAUUGAUAAAUACAAAAACAUGUCAUAUUCGGACGCGAUUCAAGAGAUUGGAGAAAUUGUCGCUGAAAAUGGACGCCGCGUUGGGCCAGUGAUGGCUCACAGAAUCCUAACAAUGCUUACUGACGAUACUGGCAAUUCAAUUGUUGAAUAA